AUGGAAGCAUUGGUUUAUACAUUCCUUUUGGUUUCGACCUUAGGGAUAAUUUUUUUCGCUAUUUUCUUCCGAGAACCCCCCAAAGUUCCGGAUAGAGGGGGGAAAUAA